GAAUUGAAUGGCCCAAGAACCAUGACGAACCAAACGGCCUCCGUCAAACAGAAUGUCCUAUGCGUCCCAACGAACAAUCAAAUUACGCAUUGCCAAACGAGAAUACACCAAAGAUUAGGAAUAUUGAAAAAAUUCAGUUUGGUCAACAUUUAAUUGAUACCUGGUAUUUCUCCCCAUAUCCAAAUGAAUAUAGCCAAUGCCGUAUCAUUUAUAUCUGCGAAUUUUGCUUGUGCCACUUUUCGUGCGAAAAGCAACUUAGGAGACAUGCAAAAAAGUGUACUAUUCGACAUCCACCUGGAAACGAGAUUUACCGAGAUGAUAAUGUUUCGUUUUUCGAGAUCGAUGGAAGAAGACAAUUGAAAUACUGUCGAAAUUUGGCAUUACUUUCCAAACUUUUUCUCGAUCACAAAGAUUUAAAGUAUGACAUCGAUGAGAAGAAUUGCGAGACCAACUAUAACCUUUCGUGCAUACUCACGCUGCCACAGCAUCAACGUAAAGGAUAUGGAAGAUUGCUGAUUUCAUUUUCAUACGAGCUCUCUAAAAUAGAGGGUCAAAUUGGUACUCCAGAAAGACCAUUAUCUGAUUUAGGACUGACAUCAUAUUACUCUUACUGGCAAGAAGCUAUUUUGGAUAUUUGCAUGGAAGCCGCGCAGAAUAAAAGGGAGUUGAGCAUUGAAGAAAUUUCGGUGAGAACGAGUAUCGAUACUGAUGAUGUGAUCUCGACCCUCCAUUUUCUAAACGCAUUUAGAGAAUAUAAGAGACACAUAGCGAUUGUAUUGGAUCACCGAUUGAUAGCAUUAUACAAAGAGAUCAAGGCACGGAAAAAACUCACCAUUGCCGAAAAUAGAUUUGAUCCGAGAUACAAAAAGAACGUGUUAAUUGUUGGAUUCGCUGAGGAAAACUAG